UCAGCAAGAAAACAAAAAUUAUGCCUGCAGUUACAAUGGCAUCUAUCAGGGUCCUCUUUAGUGCACCAUUUCUACAUUUCAUUCACAAAGAUUUGCAUCAAGUUGUGGCUUCCAUGACUCUCGUUGACAGGCUUCUUUUCCUUAUUAUGCACUUCAUUGAUAAACUUGGGAUAUGGCAUAGACUACCAGUGUUCUUGGGUUUGGUUUAUCUGGCGAUUCGUCGUCAUCUUCACAAUCAAUACAACAUUCUUAAUGUGGGUCCAACUCCAGUCGGGGUUCGGUUCAACCCCAUGGAUUAUCCUUAUCGAACAGCCGAUGGCAAAUACAACGAUCCUUUUGGUGAUGGUGUUGGCAGUCAGGGAACUUUCUUUGGGAGGAACAUCCCCCCUGUCAACCAGAAAGAUCAGCUACUGAAGCCCGAUCCGAUGGUCGUUGCAAUAAAGCUUCUAAGAAGGAAGAGCUACAAGGACACAGGAAAACAGUUUAAUAUGAUAGCUGCUUCAUGGAUACAAUUCAUGAUACACGACUGGAUAGAUCACUUGGAGGAAACGAACCAGAUAGAACUUACGGCACCAAAAGAAGUGGCAAGCCAGUGCCCCCUAAAAUCGUUCAAAUUCUACAAAACCAAAGAGGUUCCUACCGGUUUCUACGAUAUUAAACAGGGUUCUUUGAACACACGAACACCUUGGUGGGAUGGGAGUGCAAUAUAUGGGAGUAACUCGAAGUGGUUAAGCAAAGUGAGAACAUACAAAGAUGGAAAGCUGAAGAUAUCAGAUGACGGACUUCUCUUGCACGACGAAGACGGUGUUGCGAUAUCUGGAGACGUUCGUAAUAGCUGGGCAGGUGUUUCUGUCUUACAAGCCCUCUUUAUCAAAGAACACAAUGCGGUUUGCGACACUCUCAAGAGGGAGUAUCAUGAGUUGGACGAUGAAGAUGUAUACCGACACGCAAGAUUAGUUACUUCAGCAGUGAUUGCUAAAGUCCACACCAUUGAUUGGACCGUCGAACUCUUAAAAACGGACACUCUAGAUGCUGGGAUGCAUGCCAAUUGGUACGGAUUGCUGGGAAAGAAAUUCAAAGAUACAUUCGGGCACGUAGGUGGGGCUGCGUUGGGAGGACUAGUAGGACUGAAGAAACCUAACAAUCAUGGGGUCCCGUAUUCAUUAACCGAGGAGUUUGUUUCCGUUUAUAGGAUGCAUCCGCUUCUACCGGAACAUCUUGUCCUAAGAGAUCUCUCUGCUGCACCUGGUCCUAACAAAUCUUUGCCAUCUACUGCCGAGAUACCAAUGUCUGACCUGAUUGGGCUAAAAGGAGAAAAAGCUUUAUCAAAGAUUGGAUUCACAAAUCAAAUGGCAUCAAUGGGACAUCAAGCAUGUGGAUCGCUUGAACUAUGGAACUACCCUACAUGGAUGUGGGAUCUGAUUACGCAGGACGAAAAUGGGUUGGAAAGGCCCGAUCAUGUUGAUCUCCCAUCUCUAGAAGUCUACAGAGACAGGGAGAGGAGUGUUGCGAGGUACAACGAGUUCCGAAGGGGAAUGCUAAUGAUACCCAUAUCUAAAUGGGAGGAUCUGACAGACGACAAAGAAGCAAUUGAAGUGCUGAACGAGGUGUAUGGUGAUGAUGUUGAAGAGCUUGAUUUAUUGGUGGGGUUGUUGGCUGAGAAAAAAAUUAAGGGUUUUGCCAUCAGCGAGACAGCUUUCUUCCUAUUCACUAUAAUGGCGACAAGGAGGUUAGAGGCAGAUCAGUUCUUCACAAGCUACUUCAACGAGGAAACAUACACUGAAAAGGGAUUAAACUGGGUAAACUCCACUGAGAGCUUAAAAGAUGUGAUGGAUCGACAUUACCCAGAAAUGACAAAGCAAUGGAUGAAUUCAGCAAGUGCCUUCUCUGUUUGGGACUCAUCUCUUCCUUCUCACAACCCAAUUCCUCUCUACCUUCGCAUUCCAAGAUAAUCUAUUAUAUGAAUCAAUUCAUCAUUGGAUGUCUCAACAACCAAAGUAAUAAGAUAACCACCAUAUUCCAUCUUAAUCUAUUUCGAUUCUCUUUCUCGAUCCUUAAGACAUUUGUGUCAGUUUUCAGUGAAAAUAAAAAUGUGUGUUUGCGUUAAGUU